AUGUCAAAUAUAGAUGAUGAAAUACCGGUUCAGGGUCGGUCAAGGGUAGAAGGGAGGACUAUCACUGAUCUUCAUCACUAUCGUGCAGAAAUUUUUUAUGUAGCUAUUGACAAAAUAUGUGUCGAGAUGGAUCACCGCUUUAGUGAAGGAAGUAACAUUAUCCUUGAUUGCUUCUCAUGUCUUGACCCCAAAAACUCUUUCUCCAAGUUUGAUGUUGAUAAACUUGCUCGUUUUGCUGAUAUUUAUCAUGAAGACUUUUCUGAUGAUGACCAUGGAACAAUAAGAAAUCAACUUGAAACUUAUGUUCUUCAAGAAUCUGCUAAAACGGCAGAGCUUAUUGUUCUCAUCAUGGCGCUUGAAUUGGCUAAAGAUAAGAAUUUUGAUAAGUUAUGGGUUGAAAAGGAUUUAAGUUAUGAUCAAAUGCCAUCCAUUCUAAAACAAUGUUUUGUUUACUUUUCCCUUUAUCCCAAAGAUCAUAUCUUUAAUAGUCUUGCAAUGUGUGAACUUUGGGUAGCCCUUGGAUUAGUUCAAUCCCGAAAUGGAAGAGAAAAGCUAGAGCAUGUUGCAAGAAAAUAUAUUGAUGAGUUACAUUCAAGAUCAUUUAUUCAGGAUGUCAAUGACUUAGGCUUCUUUUGCCAGUUCAAAGUACAUCAUUUGAUACAAGAUCUUGCAUUGUAUGUUGCAGGAGACGAGUUUGUGGCGGUAAACUCACAAACUCGACAUAUACCUCAACAAGCAAGGCAUUUAUCAUUUGUUGUUGAAGAUAAGUCAUUUGACCAUGCUUUGUUCCCAGAGUCUAGAAGUGUGAGAAGCAUACAAUUUCCCAUCAGGGGAAUGGGUCUUGAGAGUGAAAGUGUUCUGAACACAUGGCUGUCAAAGUAUAAAUACUUGCGUUAUUUAAAUUUAAGUAACUCUUCUUUUGAAACUGUGCCCAAAUCAAUUGCAAAAUUAGAACACCUGUGUUUUCUCAAUAUUUCUCUUAAUCAAAAAAUCAGAACACUGCCAAAUUCCAUUUGUGAACUUCUAAAUUUGCAAGUUUUGUCGUUUCAAGGAUGCACAAAGCUUGAAGAGUUGCCUAAAGGGUUAGGAAAGUUGAUUAGCCUCCGAAUUCUGUGUGUUAGUACAAAACAAUCUACUCUACCAUACUAUGAAUUCGCUAGCUUGAACAAUCUUCAAACUUUGAUUUUUAAGGAUUGUGUCAAUCUAAAGUUUUUAUUCGAACAUCCACUCCCUUCUGUUGAAAAACUGCAUUGUAUUUCAUGUGAGAGCCUGGAAAGCUUACCUCUCAAUACUUUUCCUAAACUACAGACAUUGUAUAUUCAUGGUUGUCAGAUGUUAAACUUGUCAUUGGAGAAUGAAAACUCAAUCCAAAAGCUGAGGAUGAAACAUUUGUAUCUCAUUGAUUUUCCAAAGCUUCUAACACUGCCUCAAUGGAUUGUAUGUGCCGGGGACACUUUAGAGACCUUUUAUAUUAUCAAGUUUCCCAAUCUUCAAAUGCUUCCUGAGUAUCUCACUACAAUGACUCGUCUUAAGAGGAUCGGUAUUAUUAGUUGUUCUCAAUUAUUGAGUCUUCCAACAAGUGGAUGGGAUCACCUCACUGUACUUGACGAUUUAUUCAUAUGUGAGUGUCCUGAAUUGUACCAAAAAUGUCAGCCUCAUUCUGGUGAGUACUGGCCCAUGAUUCGUCAUAUUAAAAACCUUCACAUUGAAGAAGGAGAAAAGGAGGAGGAAUGAAGUCAUCAACCUUGGAAGGUAAACAUUAUUUUGUGUUAUCAAAUAAGUGUUGAAAAAAAAAGUUAGAGCUGAAAUUGCAUCAACUGUCAAAGUGAUAUAGUUUCAUACAAAAAAUAUAUAGUGAAGAAUGUGAGUAAAACAAAGUUGAGUGUUUUGAAAGAAAUGUUAUCUUUGUGCAAUGUCAAGAUAGAUGAUGAGAUUGGAGUGGAAAAGGGAUAAGCAGCUUGAGGAGACACAGAGGAGAGCAGAUCAAUGGUUGAUGGCAUUUGAGAACAUGAAUGUCUAAUAGUUGUUUUUAUUAUAGGCUUGUUGUAUCAUAUGGUUCACAAAUGAGAUAUGUCUUGCAUAAUACACAAGUUAAUUUCUAACAUUUGAUCAAAUAAGAUUCUGAGAUUUAUUGAUCUAAUGGUAAAAAAAUAAACCUGUAUUAUGGUGUAAGACUGUCUUACUUGUGCAUAUUAGACAAAGUCUUUAUUGUAAUGUUUGAUGUAUCUUAAGAUUUCAAAAUAUUUAUUUUGUUUCAUGUUUGAUGUAUUUUAAGAUUUCAAAAUGUUGAUAUCUUUUAUGUUAUAUUAACAGUUCUCAAAAACAUACCUACGAAAACAUUUGUUCUGAUUUAACAGACCAAAGUUUUCUCCGUUCCAAUCAAUUCUUUCCUGCUGAAUCAAUGGAGGAAUGGUUUAUCUCCCCCAUGUUUUUAGAAAAAGGACUUAUUUUCUUCCUAAAAUAUUGGAUACAAUUGUAAAAUAAUAUGUUUCACUUAAGAACUAAAAAAGAUGAUGCUAUACUCAAUUUGAGUCUCUUUAAGUAAAACAUGUGUAUGAAAACUCAUAAUUUUUCAUUUGUUGAAUCGAAAGUGAUUUAAAGUGGCAUGACAAACUUCUCAUUAGAGAAUAGAAAUGUUUCCAGCUGUAGAAGAGAUUAGUUUAAUGCUAUACAUUUGAUAUUAUACAAUAUUUCAUAUUCUCUGAUAAAUGAUUGAUAACCAAACCAGCAACGCAGGAAAGCAAAGCUUAUCUAUAUUCUAUAUGAUGUUGCUAACUCGCUCCUAGGGAAACUAGCUUUUCUUUGGAGCACGGGUACUCCAUUUUAGGUAAAGUACGGGUACCAAAUACGUACCAGGUAUUGAUAUGCGUACGGUAUGCAUCAAAACGAUAUCAAUUUAUUUUAUUUUCAAGUCGGUACACCAAUCGAUAUAUAUUUAGUUUGGUACCACGUACCCAACUUUUUAUUGUUUUUUCAGAUGCUAUAA